CGAGUCUCAGAAAAGCUGAGGUGCCCCCAACCACGUCUACAACACAUCGAAGGCCAUUAGAUAAAUACACGGGAAUUGAUAUAGCAGCAACAUCAACAGCAACAGCAACAUCAAAAUGGCGAAGCGCAAGCUGGAAAUCCCCGUCUUCUCCCCCUCGGCAGCCAGCGAGGCGGCAAAUCUGGGCGCGCACCGUAUCGAGCUCAACGCGGCCGGCUCAUACCCCGCCGGCGGCCUGACGCCCAGCCUCGCCGAGCUGUCCGACCUGCUGCACCAGCUCCAACAGCCGUCGCAGUCGGCAGCGACAGCCACCAGCGACGGAGCCGCAUUGCCGCCGCCGUCGCCGCGGAUCCCCGUCCGCGUCAUGAUCCGCCCCCGCGGCGCCCCGCCACCACCACCACCCACAGCAACGGCAGACCAGCCGCCGCCGCCCGACUUCAUCUACACGGACGCGGAACUCGCGGCGAUGCGGGACGCCAUCCGGGCGUUUGUCGCCUCGGGCCUGCUGGACGCGUCGCGCGGCGACGGCUUUGUGUUGGGCGUGCUGCGGCGGCGGCGGCGGGACGACGACGACGAUGACGGGGGCGGCCGGCUCGCCGUCGACGUGCCGCGCAACAGCGACCUCGUGGCGCUGGCGCGGCCGUUUCCGUGCGUCUUCCACCGCGCCUUUGACGACGUGCUCGCGGGGGGCGGCGAUGGCGACGGGGCGGUGGAGGGCGGCAGCCUUGACGACGUGGUCGCGUGCGGGUUCGUGGGCGUGCUGACGUCGGGCGGGCCGGGGAGCGCGGCCGGCGAUGGGAACGUGCGGGCGCUGCGGCGGGUUGUGGCGCUGGCGGCCGGGCGGGUUGAGGUGGUUGUGGGUGGCGGGGUGAGGAGCGGGAACGUCGGGGCGCUGGCGGCUGCCAUUGAUGAUGCGCGUGGGGAUGUGAGCGGCGAGAGGUGGUUUCACUCGUCGUGCCUGACGGGUGGAGGGGGUGGGGAGUCGGGUAUUGACAGAGACGAGGCGGCCAAGUUGCUCAACUCGUUGGCCGUGUUGGAUGGGUGAUUUUAUAGGGGCUUUGCUUCAAAGAAACACACGGGGGUUUAUAGAGGAAAUUAGACAGCAGACAAAAGUUACCGAUACCAUCAUGAGCACAUGUUUAAUAGUAUAGCUUCAUCACAUAUAUUAAAUAUCGUCCGUCU